CUUUGCGGCAAGCCAGGAAUGGCAGAGUCAAAAACGAUUAAAAUCCUCACUGUAGGUUCCGCAGCAGGUUCAAUAAAAGAGUUAUUCGCCAAAGUCAAGGCUAUCGACUCGAAGCAUGGCAAAUUCGACUUUGUACUCUGUGUUGGUGAUUUCUUCGGUCCUCUCGGUUCAUCUUCUCAAGGUCAGGAGAAUCUAGCCACACUCCUGGACGGAGAAAUGGACGUUCCAAUCGAGUGCUAUAUCAUGCAAGGAGAGAACCCAUUGCCAGACACUAUCAUACAGAAGUUUGCAAAAACCGGUGGAGAGCUCUGCAAGAACGUGUUUCUACUCAGUAAAUCCGGUCUCAUUACAACAGCAAGUGGCCUAAGGAUAGCCUGUCUCGGUGGAAUCUACAACGAAGAUGUGUACUCGAGUGCGGAGGCAGCCCCAGGUUUUGCAUCACCUUUUUUUUCAUCACAUUCCAUCGAAAGACUAUUGUCCAAUACCCUCACCACAACAGCCUCAUCAAAACAAGACUAUAAAUCUCUCGCAUCGAUCCAAUCUUCCUCGUCCUCGUCCCAAUUGAUUGACAUCCUCAUAAGCAAUACAUGGUCAGACUCCAUAUCUCAAUUCUCCUCAAUACCUAUACCGAAUCAAGAAACUGUGCUCACCACCGCUCCACCGUUAGACGACGUGAUGCGACGUAUCAAGCCUCGUUAUCACUUUGCCGCUGGUGGUGGCAGCCCACCAUCGUUUUGGGAACGGGAACCGUUCGUUUGGGAGGAUGAACCAGGCGGUCGGGUAUCGAGAUUUGUUAGUCUUGGAGCAUUCGGUGGCGAGCAACCUGCAUCAGGAAAGAAACAGAGGUGGUUUUACGCGUUCUCCAUCACACCUAACGCACCCCCAGGACCUAGACCAGCGAACGCGACAAUAAAUCCCUUCACUGAAGGCAUAGCAAGACUACCCAAGCGGUCAUUAGAUGAUGCUGUAGGAGAAAACUAUAUCUUUGGGAACAUUCAACAUCCCGGGAAACGCGUCAAACAAGACAGACCUCAGAACGGGAAACCACCACCGGGGUAUAAAUGUCGGCGGUGUGAAUCGACAGAACAUUUCAUUAACGACUGUCCAGAACGAAGUAAACCUCCUGAAGGAUACGUUUGUAAGAUUUGCAACACACCCGGCCAUCUCGUUCGUGAUUGCCCGACGAGACAUGCAGUUGGCGACACGGGUGGCAAGAAACCCAAGGAGGGUUAUGUUUGUCGUGCAUGCGGGAGCGAUGCUCACUAUCUUGAUGAUUGUCCUGUUGCGAAUCAGCGUACAUCAUAUUCUGGUGGGGAACGAGGACGGGGGAGGCGCGGACCACCGAAGGAAAUUGAACCAUCCGAAUGCUGGUUCUGUCUGGCGAAUCCGAAUCUAGCAAAACAUCUCAUAGUCGCUAUAGGAACAGAGUGCUAUGUUACUUUGCCCAAAGGACAAAUCAUACCUACACAAUCCGCGGCUGAUCAUGUUGAUGCUCCCGGGGGAGGACAUGUUUUAAUCGUACCCAUCUCUCAUUUCCCAACCUACACAACCAUACCAUCGGAUUUAGCGCCCCCGAUUGUGGACGAGACGGAAAAAUACAAAUCGGCACUCCGAGGGUUCUAUGCCAAACACUUUUGUGUACCUGUUUUCUUUGAGGUCGGUCGAAUAAGCGGAAAAGGCGGGCAUGCGCACGUUCAAGCCGUUCCGAUUCCGGAUAGACUCAAAAGCAAAGUUGAGGCCGCUUUCAUAACCGAAGGGCGGUCCCAGGGAAUCGACUUUGAGGAAGAUACGGAUGGCGCUUUGGAGUCUUGCCAGGGCGGUAGAGGUGGAUAUUUUAGAGUAGAUCUACCGGAUGGGGGGAAGAUGGUGCAUCUCAUCAAGGAACAUGUCCCAUUCGGGAUACAGUUUGGGAGACAAGUCCUUGUGAACCUGUUAGGAAUGCCCGAACGGCUAGACUGGAAAGCGUGCACACUCACGGAAGAAGAGGACAGAGCUGAUGCUGCAGCUUUCAAAGCGGCCUUCGCUCCUUUUGACCCAAGCGGAUAAAGUGUCCAACGUCAAUGUAUGUAUGAACGGAUGUGAAUACAACUUGUUCCGUCUGGUAUUCGAUGACAGUCCUAAUACCCCUGGUAACCUAUCUCCGGGGGCGAAACUGUAACGCUACUGACGCGGACAGAGGUCCAAAGAGGUUGCAACGCGU